CUGCUGCACAGAAUUCAUUGCAUGCAAUCAGCUGAAAUUACACUCGCCACAGCAUUGUAGCGGUAUUCUCUUGGCCAUCUGCAAGCCAUGGUCUUGUUUCGUCGCUGCGCCUCAUGUACCAUGUGCGGGCGUAUAAACACCUGCGCAUCCCGCUGGCGACUCUGUGUUCAUUUGCUUGCUUCUUUACGCUUUUGACUUUGCUCUUUUUUGUCUUCUCACUUCUUCUUCAAACUUUCAACAUCAUGCGCUAUUUGGAUCCCUACUAACUUACUGGUGAAUUAGUACAGAGUAGCAUCUGCAGGGAUACGACCAGAGAAGAGCAUCUCCAUUUACCCGCUAGCACGAAGCAUGAAGCAAGCAAUCACAUAGAGGCUGCCAGUAUCACCCAGAGAAUAAACCGCCAAAAAUGCCAUCUACACUACAGCAACAAGAAAAAACCAUACGAUCCACAAGCGCUCUCCCCACGCUCUCUCAGCACUUCGUCGCCUUCGUGGGCCAAGGCGUCGCGUGACAUGUACAGUAGACGCAGGCCCUUGUCCGCCAGCUGCAGCAAAAUACGAUCAAGAAACAAGAAAAAAUCUCGCAUAUACUUGUACAUGCGCAUGCGUCUCUGCAUGGGCGGGGACGUGCCUUCAAGGUACCCCCUCCGUACAUGGAUGGCUCUUGUUGGUGGCCACGAGCCCGCUGCCAUUGGCUGCCCGGGUCCGCAUCGAAUCGACAUGCCUCACAUAUACUCCCGUCUCCAACGAGGGCUCACCUCACAGGGUGCAUGUACGUGCUACAUGGGGCCACAGGGCGGGUGACUGCAGGCCAUUCAGGCGUCGUCUGCCUGUCUCUUCACCGCUGGUCAGCUACAGAUUGCCUGCUGCUGCUCCCUGCCGCUCAUCAGCCCUCAGACAUGCCGCCGCCCAUCCUCCCAAAGUUGAUGCAUAAUCGCAGCCCUUGACUCUUAUCUGACACGUUGAGUCAUUUCACAUGCUCUGCCCAGCUGCGAGUAUACAUUGCAGCAUUCUCUGUGUACCAGGGACGACUUCUCUUGCCCCUCACUGGCCAGGAGCAAAGCCCCUCCCGAUCGCAGAUCCUUUGCGGAGCAAU